UGCGGAGGAGCGAAGUUGCCAGAGCAACGAGAGUGUUCGUCCGUCUGUCUGUCAGCGAGCAGGAAGCACAAGGAGGAGCAGAAGAAGAAGGAGCAGGAGGAGGAGGAGGAUUUGCUGCGGGGUCUGGAGAAGUGGCGGCAGUCUCGGAGUCCUGUCACUCUGGGUUGGCAGCGUGUUCUGAGCCUCUGCGGAUUUCGGUCGCUCUUGCGCCUUCUUUUGGUGGUGAGUGCGAGAGCGCGAGCGCGAGCGCCCAGAGCUUUAUUUGCAUUGUCGGGCCGCGGCACGUUCCUUGGGUCAAGCUUAUUUCAGUCGAGAGAGCACGAGGACGUUUGAGGUGCAGGUCGAGCGCGAGAGAGGGAGAGAGGGGGAGGCUGGGCGGGCCUUGUGAGGGUCGAGCGCUGUGCGAGUGCUGCCUGGGGCUGACGGGUUCGCACAAUCUAUGGAAAGGUGAUAGUACUAUGAUGAGAGGAAGCUUUGCAGAAUUUUUCGCUCUCCCCGUUGCAAGCGUUUCUGGUCUCUCUGUAUAGGCACCAUACAUUUGGAAUCUUUCGCCCGAGGACUCGCAAUCCCUCGCUCUACGGUCUUGUCGAGCGCAAUUUUUCUGUCAGCGGAGCAAGAUGUCGGAGAAGUUAGUUGAAAAGUCUGGGAUUCUCGAAAGAAAAGCGAUCAUCAAGAAUGCUGACAUGACGGAAGAUAUGCAACAGGAUGCCAUUGAGUGUGCUACUCAGGCUCUUGACAAGUACAAUGUGGAGAAGGACAUAGCGGCCUACAUUAAGAAAGAGUUCGACAAGAAAUAUAAUCCGACAUGGCACUGCAUCGUGGGUCGCAAUUUUGGAUCAUAUGUUACGCAUGAAACGAAGCACUUCGUGUACUUCUACUUGGGCCAAGUUGCAGUCCUCUUGUUCAAGUCGGGCUAAAUGAGGCGGCUUGUCCCGCAGGAUCGUCAACUCAGCCGAAGUAAACCUUACUCUUGAUCUGUAGGAUGGGUCUCUUUAAGUUGGCGAACUUAGGGAGCAGCUGAAUUCAUCUCAGUCGUCUUACGGGGAGUGUUCCAGUGAAUGCCUUUUGACCUGUCUGUUUGGUGGGGGGACUAAUCAUAUAGAGCGUUCUCUAGUUUCGAGCACACUUGCCGAUCUUUCUAUUUAUCAGACAUUUUCUGCAGAUAGGUCAUUGUGCUAUGACCGCCACUGAUGGAACCAAUACGGAUCUUUCUUAUUGAUAGCAUGUUCAGGCUGAGUUGCUGAAGGCGAUGUAGGAGAAACAGGCAGGGCUACUUCGGUUCAUGUCAUAAGCAUUGUGAAGAUGCUAUUUAAAAAACUGUCAGUGUACAAUAAUUCUUUUGAUCUGACGUCACUGAUUCGGUUUCGGUAAUAUAUUUCAAUACACACUAUUUGCGAAGCUUUG